AUGGAAAAUGGGAUCAUGGAUGAGCUUGCCAGACGUACAAAUCAGCUUAAAUUACAAACACACAAGCUGCGAUCUGCUCAUGCCGAGAUCGAUGACCUCAAAUCAGAGAGGGAAGUUAUAAAGAGUUCUGCUGCCGACGUACACUCCAUUCUUCUUCAUCUCAUUGAAGGUCAUGAUCCCCUUGUCACUAUCACCACUCGAAGGCAUCUUGGAGACAAGCUCCGACCGGCACUAGACGUCCUUAGUCGUAUCGAGGGUGUUCCCGUGACUGGGUUCCAACCACAACAAGAGGGAGAAAAAGAGUUCAAACAAGAGAAACAAGAGACGAACCAACCUCCUCCUUCCAGCUCCAAGCCAGCUACUGAACCGAAGGAUGAUACCGACAACGAAGACGAUGUCUACGUUGAAGUUCCUAGAAAGCCUGUCCCAAAGGUUGCUUCUUCAUCAAAACAAACUGAAGAAAUUUCAAUGAAGGAGCGAGCUGAGCUAGAACAGAAGCGAAAGGUGGCGGAGCUCCUUGAAAAGAAAAGGCCGUGUUCCUUGAAUGGACCAGAAAAUCGCUUCAGAGCUUCAAUGACUCAGGUUUAUGCUCUUACAAGAGAAAGGGAUACACUACAUAGAGAGCAAAAUAAAAGAAGUGAUGCCACUGCGCUUCUAAAGGAAAAGGAUGACAUAAUCACUCAAGUUAUGGAAGAGGAUCAGAAAGAUGAAAUUGAAGAAUUAGAAGCGUCUUUGGAGGCUUUAGCGGAAGAGCUUGAUAAAAACAUUGUAAAAGGUCAAGUUCUUGAAAGUCAAGUGAAUGAGAAAGUUUUGAUAAUCAAUUCACUUGAAGCAGAUGUUUCAAGAGAGCGUAAGUUGGUAAAAUCACUAUUUUCUGAAAUCCAAACACUAAAAGAUGCCUUAAAAGCAUAUGAGACGACCGGAAUGGAAUUGGCAAAGGUCCAGGAGGCUAAUAAGAGAAUUGAAAUGGAACCGGUUCAAUUGGAAACUAAUCUUAUUGAAAUGGAAACAUUAGUUGAAUCAAGAACUUGUGAGCUUCUUGAAGUUAGAAAGGAGUUAGAGAUGUCACAAGCUCCUGCUGAAGAAAAUGAGGCAAUUGCUACCGAAUCCAAACAGUUGCUGAAACAAGUAAAUUGUAUGGUGACUGUCCUUGAAAACCAGGUGCCAGCAUUUGAAGAACAGAUUCAUAGCAAUGUGGUUGUGGCUUAUGCAAUGGAUCUGUUGGAUCUUGUACAAAAAGUGUUAAAUGCAUGUGUUCGUCAAAAAAAAUCUAGAAGGGGCAUUUUGGGUAUUGCAGCAGCUAAAGGAACAGGGACAACAACCUAA